AGUGUGAACAGCCAAUGUCUGAGUCCAUUUGCCUGUAGUCAGUUCAGCCACUUCCUCUGAUCAGAGAGAGAAGGAGAUGUAAAGAGUGAGGCAAACAGAAACAGAGAGGCAGAAGACAAGAAGGAAACAGCUAAAAAAGAAGUAAAAGAGAGUCUUCAGAUAAACAGAGAAGGGGGAGAAUCUUCGAUGAGGGCAUGGAUGUGGAUAGUUUCUUCAGAGAGCCGGUCGUUUGCUAUGUUCUGGAUGUGAUCCUGAUAGUUUACUGUAUCAUCGCCACGGCAUUAUACUUCAGAGAAAAGUUUUCCUACAUCCCACCUGCAGUUGUUGCAGUGCCUGAGGAAAGUGCCCGCAUUUACCAGGAGCUUGAGAGGCCGAGGGAUGCUGAUCCGUACCAGGUGCUUGAACCAACAAAGAGAAAGAAAAAAGCAGCAAAGAAAAGGAAACCUAAGCCAACCUCAGAAGAGGAGAGGGAUAGAGACCCUAAUGAGUCUCAGUCCCAUGACUCAGCUCGACCUCUCCCUCCACUAUAAAGUCCUCCAUGGUCCCUCCUGCGACCAGAGACAGAACUGCUACUGGUGUUAUUAAUGUUUGACUGGCUUCAGCUUUUCAGAAGUUAAACUCUGUUUUGUUUGUCGUUGUAAACUAAAUGGAUAUUGAACUGACAAAAAUCCCAUCCCUUGGUUUCCAAUCUACUGUGUUGAGCCACUUUCACUUUGUUUUUUGCAUUUUAUAAACCAAAUAUUUAAUUAGACAGAAAUGAAUGAACUUAAAGCUGCUGU